CUAAACAGGCGACCCUCCAGCCACGGUCUCUCAUCAGCAUAAUUUAGCCUUGUCGGUGCGGACUAACCGACAUCGGUCCGCUUUAAAUCAAGAUUAAAGCCCCACAAAAGAACACCCGCAGGAAGGAGCAAGCACAUUUUUUCGGGGAAAUAUCUACCACCCGUCGUCCGCGGACUCGUUUCUGGAGCGGAUUGACCUCCGAGCUCUGUGGCAGUGAGUGACCUGCUUCCUGUCCACCCAGUAAAACCUGUUACUGUGACACUGCGUCGGUCCGGCACCAUGUGACGUUAGGGGAGGGAAUCUUCCAUCCAUCCCACCCGCUCCCUCGAACAAAGACCAAGAAAUCUCCCGAAGCCAAUCGGUCGCUGACGGUUGACGGCAACCUUGUGAUCCCACAAAAGUGCGACGCUCGCAUUCGUUCUCCCCUUUUGUCAUGGCGACUGCCGUUGUUGUUGCUGUACAGUCGCUAAGAGGGCGACGCAAGGGAGCGCAGGAAGCGGCGUGAAUGCUGAAAGACACCCGUCGAAUCUGCAGGAGAUGACAUGGAAUUCAUUAGGAGAUGAAAAGCACACCAUGUGGCACCAGCAUCGGCCCCUCCCGCCAGUCAAAGAUUGGGCCAAAAGUCAACUUUGGAAAUACUCGGAACAUACUUAGCCGUCAGUGAGGAAUGCAGUGAACAAUGGAGGAAUGAUUUUUCCUUUUCCUUCUUUGGAUUAUCUUUGCUAGUCGUCUGUUUGGUGGUCUACCGGAGUGAAAGUCCACCAAAAGUGCCUUUACUUAAUGACUCUGAUCUCUAUUUUUAUACAAGUCCAACAAUCAGCUGACAAUCCACAACGUUGAAAAUAGUUAUUCUGUACAUCAGCCACGGUACCAGCGCCAUGCAGUCCAAAUGGCGUUACCUGUUGAUGUUCCUGGGCAUCCAGUUGGUGGUCAUGGCAUUGCUGUCCCGCGAGGGCUACCACAAGAGGGUCACCUACUUCAUUCGCAUCUUCCGCAAGCCGGACUCCGCCGGCGGCUCGGCCCGGAACCACACGGGACCCGUAAGCGACGUACACGCGAACCUCUCUUCCCCAUCCAAAGCGCAAGGGAACGGCGGAGAGGUUUUCUACUGUCCCAAGACGUCUUCGCUUUUAGGGGGGCCGAUCCACGUCAGCUUUCCGUCGGGUCUCACGCUAGCCGAAGUGCAGCGCAAGAACCCGGCGGUGGAGCGCGGCGGGCGUUACCGACCUCCUAACUGCGAGGCCCGCCACAGCACGGCCGUGGUCAUCCCGCACCGCCUCCGGGAGCACCACCUCAAGUACCUGCUCUACUAUCUGCACCCUUUCUUGCAGCGGCAACAGCUCGACUACGCAAUCUACGUCAUCCACCAGGCGGGAAACUACACUUUCAACAGGGCCAAGCUGAUGAACGUCGGCUUCCGUGAGGCCAUGCGGGAGAAGGACUGGGACUGCCUGUUUUUUCACGACGUGGACCUCAUUCCCGAAGACGACCGCAACUUGUACAUGUGCGACGCUAACCCUAAGCACGCCGCCAUCGCCAUGGACAAGUUUGGCUACAAGCUUCCGUAUCAGAUGUACUUCGGGGGAGUGUCUGCUCUCACGCCUCUCCACUACCUGAAAAUGAAUGGCUUUCCCAACAACUACUGGGGCUGGGGCGGCGAGGACGACGACAUUGGCAUCAGAGUGUCGUUAGCGGGAAUGUCCAUCACGCGACCGUCGUUGAAAGUGGGCCGCUACAAGAUGAUUAAACACAAGCUGGACAAAGGCAACGACGUCAACCCAAAGAGGUUCAACAUGCUGGCCAAGACGCGUCAGACUUGGAAGCAAGACGGCAUGAACACAGUCGAAUAUGAGGUGGUGUCUCGGAAGUACCUCCCGCUCUACACCAACAUCACCGUCAACAUUGGCACCGAGGCUGGGCUGCACCCGCCGCCCGCCAAAGCCACCACCCUGAAAACCGGCAAAUAGGCCGCCAUUUUUUUUCUUUCCUUUUCGGGGCCUUAUUCGUCCUUGUGUCAUGACAUUUCUUUUUCCAUCUAUUAGUAUUGCUGUGAGCAGGACUUAACGCAAACAUAUCUAUAUCUUUAUAUAUUUUGAAAAAUGAUAUCAGCUUCCCGUGUCGUGUUGGACUCUGUGAGUUUAUGAAACCUGCUAAUGCCUUACAAUAUUGUCACUCCUAUCUUCCACUAAUGAUGCGCCUUCGUUUUUGUUAUUGUUUUUUUUUUGAGGAGCAUGUGACGCUGCUACACUCGAAGGAUAUGACAAGGUUUACACUCUUCAAGAUAAUCAGUACUGAACAAGCAUAUCCAGAUCACAUUUUUGAAGUUGACAUAUCAGCUCCAAAGGUGAAAAACAUUUUUUUUGUGUUUUAAAAUGGGUAUGACGUAAGAUGACAGUGGCCAAAACGCGCAAAAAAAUGGAUGUUUCAUUUUUUUUUUCCUAAUCAAUAUUUUUCUUCAAUAUAAGCAGAAUUAAAAAAUGAAUGAACAUUGAAAGCAACAUUUUUAAAACUAUCUAUGUACUACAUGAUUAAUCAAAAAAUUAUGUUCUUAUUAAUGUUAAAUGGCAAAAAUGCAUAUGAUAAAAUUACUGAUGAAAAAAGGACAUUCAAUUAUAAAGUGUACAAAUAAAUUCGGAUAAUUUAAGUAUAAUUGUAGCUAAAAAUUAUUUUAUUUGUACACUAUUUUUAAUAUACUCGAAUAUUUCUCUUGUGUCAUACCUUUUUAACACACAGAAACACUUUAUUUCAAUACUAAGCCUUAACAUGAACCACUUCAUUGUAUAUUUUUUUAUGUUAUUUAACCUUGUUUUGCCUUAGAGCAUCUUUUACUUUCAGACACUUGAAAAAAAUGCUUCCCAGUCUAAAAAAUACUCAAAUGCCAAAAGGAAUUAUUUUUGUCUUGCCUUGCCCUCAGCCAAACGUACGCCAUCGUGCUUCUACAAUAUAUCAUCUCAGUCUUAAUCCACAGUAUGUUGUAAUCAGCGUCUCAGGAAGCCGCCAACCAAAGAGAAUCUGGCAGAAAGACGGUGCGUAUACCAGCUAGUUGUGCAUUUAUUCCAUAUCCUCAAUAUCUAGAUCUUUUUGUUCUUGUCAACAUAAAAGGAAAAAGUGCUCAAAUAGUUUUAAGACCACUUUUUCCUGCUCUCCUUUACAUCGCAAUGUCCACAUACUAGUAGAAAAAUCAUUUCAAUUAAGACGUUUGUUGUACUAGUGUUGCAUUUUCUUACUAGUGAGGACAGACAAUAGGAAAUCUGACGUUUUUGCUGUGUAACUUUUGUACAUUGCCUCUUUUUUUUUUUUUUUUUUUGCCUCUUUGAUGAUAUUGGAGGUUAGUACUGGACCGAGUUCCUGUUAGAGAGCUCUGCUGGUGUGAGUGCGUGUGUUCAGUGCAAUCGAGUGGCCUUAAAUUCAGUAAUAAAGCGAUUAUUGAAAUGAUCUACUUUGGACACUGUGUGUGUGUGUGUUGGUAAGAAAAUGAGGCAACAUUUCUAAAACUGUUUUCCAGGUGUCCAAUUGCAGCUGUUGUUUGCUCAUUCACUCAACUAUUUGCGCUUCCAAGAUCAACAGUCUUUGUGGUUUUACUCAUGUAAACAUAAUGCACAAGUCACAAAAAGGUUUGAUGAUGGGCUGAAAUUUUAAGAUGAGCUGGAGUAACCUUUACAGGUGAAUAUUAAUGAAUAUUUUUGGGUUCAUCUCAAACAUUUGACCCAAAAGAGUGAAAACUAAUUUUUACCCAGAUCAUACAAGACCAUGUGGUGGAAAACACAGACAAGACUGAAAAAGCAGUUUCUGCUCUUGCACUCCUUAAAAGAAACUAGGGCUGUCAAAAUUAUCGCGUUAACGGGCGUUAAUUAUUUUUUUUUUAUUAAUCACGUUAAAAUAUUUGACGCAAUUAACGCAUGCAAUGAAUGACCCGCUGGCAUAUUGCCUCAAACAUUACACUGAGGCCGUUUAUGGACAUUAAGAGUGAAGAGAAUGCCACCGGCCGCUUGGGGGCAGCGCCGUUCCAUACUCAUGUCUUCUAAACGUGGGAGAAUUAGUAGUUGUGAGACGUUUAUGCUGUAUUCACAAUGCAAUGCAAAUUGCUAUUUGUGCUCCACACAUAUUUCGGUAAGUUUUCUUUCUUUUAGUGGCAAUUAUGUGUUUGUGUAUGUAUUGUGUUAUGUAUUUGUGUGUGUAUGUAUUGUGUUAUGUAUUUGUUUGAUACACUGCCAAUGGGAACCCAUUGGCAGUGUAUCAAAUACUUGUUCUCCCCACUGUAUAUGUUAUACAGUAAAGGCGAGUGGACACGGGUGUUCUUUGGACCGCGCCGUUUAUUGACAUAAGCUUCUCCUUCACAACAAACAUAAGUAUCGGUUUAGUGAAAGCACAACAAAAAUAAUAUUCCUAUCUCUCAAAAAAAAAAAAAAAAAAAAAAAAAAAAAAAAUCACAAAAAGAAAAGCACUUCAGUCUAUAGUUAUGAGGCCCUAAUCUGACACACAGUUAAACAACAAUGCAUAAUGAACUGGCAUUCCAUAUCAAAAUAGCUAUGCAAAAUACACGCAAAACUUUUCACUCUAUUGUUAUUUUUAUUAUUAUUAUUAACUCUACUUUUGAAAAUUUUACAAAUUGUAUUAAAACGAAAACAUGAAGAGGGGUUUUAAUAUAAAAUUACUAUAACUUGUAACUAUAACAUUUAUCGUUUAAGAACAAGUCUUUCUAUCCGUGGAUCACUUUAACAGAAAGAAUGUUAAUAAUGCCAUUUGUGGAUUGUUACAAUAAACAAAUACAACAUACUGUACACCAGUACUGUAUGUAUAUAUCCGUCGUGUGUCUUAUCUUUCCAUUCCAACAAUAAUUUACAUAAAAAUAUGGCAUAUUUUAGAGAUGGUUUGAAUUGCGAUUAAUUACGAUUAAUUGAUUUUCAAGCUGUAAUUAACUCGAUUAAAAAUUUUAAUCGUUUGACAGCCCUAAAAGAAACUGCUGUAUUUUAAGCCAAAACAACUGUUGGGUUUGAUAGAACAAUGUCUAUAUGCUGCCAUAGCAGAUUCAUGGCACAUUAAGCCCCCAAACUACUUUUAAUUUGCCCGUUUUACCCUGAAAACCCCCGUUUACAGACGUCGCACAACCGCUUUUGUUUCAAUCCAGCCAUAAGAUAAAGGUAAUUAUAUUAUCCAAAAUGUCAUUUUUAGCUUAGAAUCAUUGAUGUCUAAUAUACCGUUUAAAAAAAAAAAAAAAUUAAAAAAAUUACGUCACAAUGAAAAAAAAAUGGUUUCCCCAGCUGCUGCAGUUAUGAGUCUGACGAUGACGAGUCACUUCAAUAUGUGAAUGCGUGACGCAAAGCAAAACGCCUGAACUCAUGUAUCUGUUCAAUUGUCUGACAUGUGAUCAGCAGAGAUGGUUAGCCCUGAUUGGUUCAAAUGUGCAUGUUUUCUGGAAUAGCAAAAAAAAAAAAGGUUGAAUUGAUGCGACAAAAAAGGCAAUGCAACAUAAAAUGGAUCAAAUCUUAAAGAGCAACGAAAGAGAUGAGGCUUAUUUAUCAUAUUUAGUUUUAUUUGCUCUGAUGGGGAGGUUCAGAACAUCUUCGCUGUCAAUGUGUACUUUGGACUUAUAUUUGUUCAUUUAUGUUUGGCUAUUUAUUCAUUUCCUUAUGAUUUAAAAAAGUCAAUGUUUGCGCGAUCUUCAAAAUAUAUUCCAUUUCACUCUGCAUAAUGUCAUUUGUACUUAUUUU